ACGCCCAGCGCAGCUCCGCCGUCCAGCCUAGGCCGGCCACCUGGCGGCGAAAUGAGGCGCGCGGAGCGGGGGCGGUGGCGGAGGCGGUGGCGGAGGCGGAGGCGGAGGCGGAGGCGGAGGCGGAGGCGGAGGCGGAGGCGGAGGCGAAGGCGAGCCCCGCCCCACCGCGCACGCUGUGGUUGCCCUGGCAGCCGCCCAGUGCGUGGCCGAAGCUCACAAUCAGCCCUGUCCCUGCGGCUCCCACCCCGUCUCCUGCGCUCACCUGCUCGCGCGCUCGCCCUCUGGGGACCCGGGGCCCAUGGACAUACACACCCAGUCCUGCUGUCCCACGCGCCAGCUCUCCAGCCUUAACCAAAGGGACACAAUUCACGCCUGGGCGCCUCCGCCGGCUCCGGGAGCCCAAGGUCGCGGCUGGGCCAGCGCUGACCAUCAGAGGAAGAGAGCAGGAGGCUCCCCAGUCGCCCCAGCAGGCCCAGGCGCAUAGGUGCCCAGAGAUCCCUGGCUUCUGAUCGCCCGGACGACUAAGAGUUUUACUCUUGGUCCAGAAAGCAUUUUCAAGGAGCUGGUCAAGCAUGGCUUUAGUAGAUAAGAGACUUGAGAACUUACAGAUCUACAAAGUUCUUCAAUGUGUGCGGAACAAAGACAAGAAGCAGAUAGAGAAGCUGACCAAGCUUGGAUACCCUGAACUAAUCAAUUAUACAGACCCCAUUAAUGGACUUAGUGCUUUGCACUUAGCCUCAGUUUCCAAUGAUAUUGAUAUGGUCAGCUUUCUCCUUGACCUUGGUGCUCACCCUGAUGUGCAAGACCGAAUGGGCUGUACUCCUACAAUGAGGGCUGCAGAACUGGGCCAUGAAUUGUCAAUGGAAAUAUUAGCAAAGGCAAAGGCUGAUAUGACUAUAGUUGAUAAUGAAGGAAAAGGAAUGUGUCCUCAGUCCUCAAUGCAGUCUGCCAGUUCUAUGAUAAGGUGUUUUGUUUUACUGCAUUUUACCAACUAAGCGGCAUUAUCGCUGUGCUCUGAUCGCCCUUGAACAUGGUGCAGAUGUCAACAAUUCUACCUAUGAAGGAAAGCCAAUAUUCCUUAGAGCUUGUGAAGAUGCACAUGAUGUUAAAGAUGUGUGCCUGGUAUUUUUGGAAAAAGGAGCCAAUCCCAAUGCAAUCAACUCAUCCACAGGCCGCACAGCUUUAAUGGAAGCGUCAAGAGAAGGAGUAGUGGAAUUAGUUCGAGGCAUACUGGAAAGAGGAGGUGAAGUGAAUACAUUUGACAACGACAGGCAUCAUGCUGCUCAUUUUGCUGCUAAAGGAGGCUUUUUCGAUAUAUUGAAGCUUCUUUUUGCCUACAAUGGAGACGUGGGGCUGAUUUCUUUAAGUGGGAACACACCACUUCAUUACGCUGCCAUGGGUGGUUUUGCAGAUUGCUGUAAAUAUAUAGCUCAGCGAGGAUGUGACCUGAAAUGGAAGAAUUUAGAUCAUAAAACGCCCAGGGCUGUGGCUAAGGAAGGCGGCUUCAAAGCAGCAAGCAAAGAAAUACGCCGAGCAGAGAGAAUCGCCAAUAGACUAGCCAGGCCGGGAGCCAAAAAUCCAAAUCCUCUGUGGGCCCUUAGACUGCACGAUUGGUCCGUAGAACGUGAGGCUUUCCUCCGGGAAGCCUUUUCGGUUUUAGACAGGGGUGAUGGGACCAUCAGCAAGAAUGACUUCGUGAUGGUGUUGGAGGAAAGGCAAGAGUAUGCGAGCUCAGAACAGCUGACUGCCAUCGCUCAACUUCAUGAGAAAACUCGGGGAGGAGGGGUCAAUAUUAAUGAAUUCUUUAAAGGAACCAGAUAUUUAAACAAGUCUUUUGUAUUAGGAUCUUAUGGACCUAAGAAAAAGAAAAAAGGGAUGGGUAAAAAAGGAAAGAGAGGGAAAUUUGUCUUACCCCUUCCAAUUUGCGUCAUUCCUGAGUACGUGUUUCCACGCCGGCAGGAUGGUGGGCCACCGUAUUACAUGAUUGAGACCUACAGGAAUGUCACUGAUAGCAGCCGGUUUAACAGAGAUCAUCCCCCAGAACAUCCCAUUCAAGAUGACUCUGCUUGGUACAUUGAUGAUUCAGAGAAAGUAUUUUCAAACAUUAAUAUUAUCACCAAAGCAGGGGAUCUGGCUUCUCUGAAAAAGGCCUUUGAGUCAGGAAUACCUGUGGAUAUGAAGGAUAAUUAUUACAAAACUCCGCUAAUGACAGCGUGUGCAAGUGGAAACAUAGAUGCGGUCAAGUUUCUUCUUGAAAAAGGAGCUAACGUUAAUGCAACAGAUAAUUUUCUGUGGACUCCACUUCAUUUUGCAUGCCAUGCAGGCCAACAAGACAUUGUUGAGCUUCUUGUUGAAUCUGGAGCUUUCAUAGACGCAGUUUCAAUCAACAACUCAACUCCUUUAAAUAGAGCCAUUGAAAGCUGCAGACUGGAUACUGUAAAAUACCUACUUGAUAUUGGUGCUAAAUUCCAGCUGGAAAAUAGAAAAGGGCAUACUGCCAUGGACGUUGCAAAGGCAUAUGCUGAUUAUAGAAUAAUUGGUAUGAUUAAAGAAAAGCUAGAUAACUUGCCAAAACCAGCAGAAAAUCAAAAACUAAAAGGCAAGACACCUCCUAUACUGAAGACUGAAGGCCCUGAAAUUAAGAAAGAAGAGGAACCACUGUCAUCAAUUUAUGGUGUACCAACCACAUCGAAGGGAAAGAAAGUACGGAAGGAUAAUGUGGUUCAUCUCAAUUCAUUGAUUACCAGUGGUUAUACUAAGAAAGUGGAUAUCACAUUUAUUCCACGGAGGAUUUGGAGUCCUGAAGCCACAACAGCAGAGCUGAUCAGGAAGAGGGAACUACGGCGAGAGAGGUUUACACAUGAGGUGGACUUCGAAGAUUUUAUGAUGCCUUUUCAGAAGAACAUCACAGAGAAAGCUCGAGCACUGGAAGCUGCCUUGAAGACCUAAGUUAUAGCAGUUACUUCUUGGGGUAAAUGCUUUGAGGCCCAGGGACCAAUCUUUGAAGAAAGUAGAUAUUUCCAUCAAAGCCAAAGCAAUCCAUACACCAAGAACUUCUUACCAAAUGUUUCGUUUUGCUUUAACAACUAUAAAUAUUCUGAGCUGUCUAGAGAAAAGAUGUAUGUGAUUUUGAAAUGAAUGGUAUGUCAUUCUGGAUAAAUCCCCAAGUCCCUUUAUGAAUGUAGUGAAGUACAUGGCAUGUGGGUUAUAAACAUUGCUGUCAAAAGAUUUACCAGGUCUGCAUCAUCAUGCUUAUUAUUUUUUUAAUUGUCUCUUUUUUUCAUUAAAUAGAGACAGAGUCUCACUAUAUUGCCCCAGCUGGUCUCAAACUCUUGAGUUCAAGCAAUCCUCCCAACUUGGCUGUCCAAAGUGCUGGGAUUAUAGGCAUGAGCUACUGUACUCAGCCUGUUUAUUGAAGAUACUUUUCUAGUGGAAAUUGAUGAAAACAAUUUAGGUUUUGGAAAAAGAAGUAAUAUUUAAUCUUUUAAGGAAGGAGCUUAUUUCUCACAUGCCAUUAUAAACUGUGUGCAUUAGAUACCUUGGGUUGAAUACACUUUUAACAGCCCUAGCUGUUAAAAACCCUAACCCUAGAUAUAUAGGCCUAGCCCUAAAUAGAUAGCUAUUCGGUUGGUGCAAAAGUAAUUGAGGUUUUUGCCAUGACCUUUAAUUGCGGCAAAAACUGCAGUUACUUUUGCUCCAACCUGAUAGCUAGGUAGCUAGCUAGCUAGAAAGACAGAUAGACAGAUAUAUAGAUGAUUGAUAGAUAGAUAGAUAGAUAGAUAGAUAGAUAGAUAGAUAGAUAGAUAGAUAAGAUUUAUUGCAAAUAAUUGGUUUACAUAAUUUUGGGCACCAGAUGGUCAAGUGCUAAAUUUAUAGGGUAGGCUAUCAGGAAGUGCAGGCUUGAAACAUGCAGGAGCUGUCCCUGAAGUCUACAAGUGGAAUUUCUUCUUCAUCAUGCAAACCUCAGUUUUGUUCAUAUACCUAAAUACUUCAGUAUGUCUUUCCUAACAUAAAAGGCAUCCAUUUACCUAACCA